AAAUAUUUCUUUCUGCUAUUUUGGAUCCGUGUUGGUUUUGAUUAGAAUUAUUACAUUUGUUUAUUUUAUGAAAAUUUCAAAAGCAAAAGUUGUUAUUUUCAAUUGUUGUGUCUUGUACGUGAAAAGAUGUUUAUUUACAUUUAGUACUAUAAUAUUACCAAAUUAUAACAUUAUAUUUUAAACUUGGAAAUGGGUAUUAGAGGAUUAAGCACGUUUUUCAAUAACAAUCCAGAUCUUACAAAAUCUCAUAAAUUAUAUAAUACUCCAGUCAUAAUUGAUGGAAAUAAUCUAAUUCAUCUUUUGUAUUUUUCAAAUAAGAUCGAUUGUAUGUAUGGUGGUGAUUAUUAUAAGUAUGCCAAAGCGAUAAGGAAAUAUUUUUCUGCUUUCCAUGAGUGCAACAUCAAACCAAUAGUCAUUUUUGAUGGUGGAUAUGACAAAUCUGACCGGAAAUUCCAAACAAGUAUAUUGAGGUCUAAAACAAGACUUAGUUUAACUCAACAUAUUGCUAAAUAUGGAGAUUGUGCAGGUAACAUUUUACCAAUUUGUGCUAAAGAAGUUUUCCGCGAUAUUCUGUGUGAAAUGGGUAUUUCCUUUGCCUUAUGCGAUUUCGAAGCUGAUGAACAAAUAACAGCUUUAGCAAAUCAUUACAAAUGCCCUGUGCUUAGUGAUGACAGCGACUUCUUUAUAUUUGAUGUUCAUAAUGGUUUUAUACGUCUAUCUUCUGUUGAAAUGAUAGUGCAAGAGGACGAUGUCGAAGGAAUUACGCGUAAAUAUCUGGAAUGCGAGAUUUAUCAUAUAGAUAAAUUUCUGUCUUAUUUCCCUGGACUUGACCGUAAUGUGUUGCCAUUGUUUGGAACUUUAGUGGGAAAUGACUAUGCUAAUUCAAAAGAGUUUGAAACCUUCUUCGCCAGUAUUAACAUUUCGAAAAGAAACUGUCGGGGUUUGCGUGUUAACCCCAGACAGAGAAAAAUCGUCCGGCUUCUGACUUGGCUAGAGCACUGUAACCUAAAUGAAGCAAUAAAACAAGUUUUAGAUCAUCUUAAGAAAAAGAAAAGAGAGCGCAUUGAGGAUGUGAUAAACAUGUCUAUUGAUGGUUAUAAAGCGCAAAAUUCUUAUUUGAUGCAUGUCGUUGAAGGGUCAUUGGAUGAGUUAUCGAGAUUAUUGAAUUUAAAUCCGAAAUUAAAAACUCCUUGUUGUCAAACUCUACCGACCCCGUUUGUGAUUGCUUUUCAUUUAGGUAAAUUACCAUCAUUUUUCCUUAAUAUAAUUAAUCUUCAUAGGACGUUUUUACAAGCUCAGGUCGAAAAUACUUCUGUAGAAAGCAGUUAUGUUUGUUCACGAUAUAUUCGACAGGUGAUAUAUGGAAUCUUAUUGAAACACGUUGCAGCAGAUGAAAAAACUCACGAAGAGGAUUGUUUGCGGCAUAUUGACGAAUAUGAUCAUCGCACUGGGCUCCUGUCACGCGAACCGAUUUCUGCCAGUUUUAAUUUAACAAAUGGAGACUCUGUGCCUAGUAUCGAAGAUGCAUUUUUAAUGGAAAAGAAGCAUUCACGACAGUUUUUGUUGGAUGUACUCGGAGCAGAUCUUGACGUUAUUAAAUCUUUGCCUGAUAAAUUGCAGUUAUUUUUUAGCUGUAUAAUAUAUUGGUUAAAAAACUGCAGUCCUCAACCAAGCGAAGACUUCUUACAUGCCUUAAUAUUAAAUAUUAUAUAUUUUCAAGUUGUAUUGAAAAAAUCUUCAGCACAGGAAGUCGAAAAUAACCUUAUUGCCAAUAUUUCGUCUGAUGAUAUUGAACUUGCUGCACAAAAUAUGAAAAAGUAUUUACAGAAACCCACUUUUAACAAAGGAAAUCCACUUUUUCUUGACAUUGUCCAUAGUUUUAGUCAGUUACAAACUUGCAUAUUGUACACUAUGUAUUUGAAUUCUUUGCUUUGUUUUCCGUAUAAAAACCCUAAGCUUCAUGAAACUGUUGCAGGUACUCUCUUGUAUAAUUUGACCAAGGAUCUCUUACACCGUCCAUUUCCUGACUUGUUCAUAUCGGAAUUGUUGGGUAGAAAAAGUAAGUUGCGUUCUCUUUUUGACAGUUUAAAAGAGAAAUUAUUUUCAAGCGUUCCAGAGGACUGUAUUAAGCAAACAGAUCGUUCUCACCUUCAGAAAGUAAAAAAGGACGUUAAAAAAAGUGGUAACCGAAAAAAGUGUCUUUCAAAUGCUGAUGAAAAAGAUAUCGAUGCUCUUUGUGCGGAGUUAGAUAAUAUGACCACUCAUAGUAAAACAAUGACUAUAGAACGUUUAGGUGAAAUAUUUAUAUAGUUUAAAUUUGUUUUAUAUUUAUCAAUUCUUCCCUGGACAUUUUUUUUGGUAAUAAGGGAAGAUUUUAAUUAUGAUAUUUUUAUACUUGUAAGGAAAAAA